UUGCGUAUGUGUCGAUUACGUUGAAAAUAACGUACCGCCAUCUUGGACGCUGCCUCCAAUUCAUGUAUAACCCCAUUAAGCUGUAGCUGCCCUUGCCGACUAUGUCAAUACCAUAUCCAUCCCUGUGAAGUCUGUAGCUAACGGAUUUGGACCAAACCAACGGACACCAUGGCUUUUCAGUUCCUGAAGUAUGCCGUGAUGGUGCAGAAGUACCGGACGCCACUGCUUAUUGCUGGGUGUGGUGGGGUGUUUGCAGCCCAAAUGUUCUAUCAUGUGUUCCCAGAGAAUACUUACAGGAAGUUGUACCAGGCCUGGAACAAAGGAGAACCAGCCGACCUAUCUGACAAGCUAGAGAGCAUCUUUCAGCAGGUUCUUAAGGAUUAUUGUUUAGGCACCUCAGGGGGCUACAGUGCCUUUGCCUCAUUUGGCUUCCACCCGGUGGGGGCUGGGGUUCCAUGGCUACCCUCUGGUGCCCAAAUUGGCAUCCCUGCCAAUUUCAACAGCACACCAAAUGACCCAGCUGGUAUUACCAACCGCACCAUCCUCAUAAAUGGCAAGGAGGUGCAGUGGGAUAGCGGCAUUGGUACCGCUCUCAAGGACGCGUUAGUGUUCUCUCCAGAGGCUCAGAAGUUUGCCAUUGCACGGGAAGUGGCUCGUCUAGAAUUGGGCGGACCCAUGCUGAAUGCGGCAGUAGCUCCGUUCUGCUUGGCCGGCGUGAUGGUCUAUGGGGUAACUUUGAAGCAGAUCUUUAGGCUGCACUCUGGUCCUGUGUUCUUUAGGGGCGUUGUGAAUGUAGUUGCUUUGGGCCUUGGUGCUGUGUCUUACUUCCUGACCUCUGAUGCUGUUGGCCAAUGGCUGGACUACAAAUCAGACCACUGUGCCGCAAGCGUGUCCAAAGACUAUGCUAAAGGAGGAGUAGAGUUCUACGACAAGAUCCUCUCCCGGAACAGGACGCUGCGUACGCUUAUGGGCCAGAAGGGGGAAGAGAUGUAUGCACCAAAUGGCAACCUGUUCCCUGCUCACUUGCUGAGAUUGAAGCAUGCUCCCUACACCUCCAGGAGGGAUGGCAUCCUAGGCCUACUCAAGGAAGAGAAGGCCUAAAAUAACAUUAGAAGCCCAUUAAUGUCUGCAUCAAGUGCAAAAUGAAAGACUUUCAUUUUGGAAGCUAUUCUGUAUUUGUGAAGCAUAGAAACCCACUGCUCUGUGUACUACAUUAUAAGCAGGUAUUAUUUAUAAUAUCAGCUUUACUCUUAUCUUGGUUUUCAACUUGGUUAAUUAACUGUUUAAUAAAAAAGGACAUCAAAACCA